AAACGUGCGAGGCGAGGGACGGUCUAGCCUGCAUCCCGGGGCCUCGCUGAGACCAUUCCUUGUGCUCAGAGUGACAGCCGCCCUGGGUUGUCAGCCAUGCACUAACGGGGAAGGCGCCGCUUUUUGUGGGGCUCGUCGUGGCGGGAGAGGCCUGAGCUGACAUGAGACAAGGAGGAGCAGAGCGGCAGGCGUGUGAUCGACCAGCCGCUGCAGCCACCCGCCGCCCGCCGCCUCGCCCCAGCCCGUGAUGAAGCGGGGGCGAGACCAGACGCCUGAGGAGGAGCCGCUCACCAAGCGCAUCAACAACCUGCACCUCGACAACUCUUCCCAGAUGCUAAACCACGUGUUGAAUGGCUCCACCCUGCCCACUGCCUCCCCUGUCCCGGCCCUCGCCCAGGAGAGACUGCUCAAUGGCAUGGCUGUUGCUGCCUCCCUCCCAGAAUGCAGCAUGGCUCAGGCCAGUGCAAACCUCCCAGGCAUGGGCCAUGCCUCGGCUGGGCCCAGCCAAGGAGCCACACCACAGGACAUAAGUGAGCUGGAGGAAAUGAUAUCCCGGAGGGAGCUGCCAGAAUCCCUGAACAUGAACUACCCGGAUCUCAACCCCACCAACAAUCACCAGUACUUUGCCUUCAACAAAUUACUGCACCACCUCCACAUGGAGCGGCUCCGCAGGGCAGGCAAGCUCCCCCUCUAAUGCUUUAAUGAUUGUAGACUUGGGAAUUGAGGAAUAUUCCCCAGUGUUCUGUUAACAUAUACACUGACUGCAAAUCUAAAAAAGUAUGAGUUCUUGUCCUCAGUAAACCACAGGAAAGAACAGAGGACAGAGCUCUUGUUCAAAACAGGUGGUGGUCCCCUGUGAGUGUGUGUCUUAGGUGUGUCUGUGUGUCCUUAGUUGUGUUUGUGAUGUGUGCAGUGCAUUGAUCCUGGUUUACAGACCAGAUCAUUUGUCGUCAGCAUGUGUUCAUAAUAGCUGUCCCUGAAGGGAUAGCCCAGUGUAUGUCAAGUGAGGGCCAAGCCCAGAACACUGCCUGCCCCUUCAGCUCAGCACAAGCCAUCUCACUGGAGAAGGCUGAGAGGCAUCGCAGAAUCUCACAGCCAGGGAUGUAAAUGCCAAACGUUUUGGAUUGUAAUACUAUCCAUAUUGUAAGUUUUUAUAUGGCUCAGAUAUUUGUCAUAGAAUAACAACUGUAUAGUACUCAGCAUGAGGUGACUCACUGGUGGGCAGAAGCAGGACACUCAGUGUAGCAAAACCAUCACUGAAAUCCUUCAUGAAUUGUUACACUGUUUGCAAUGAGGGUAUUUUUUAUAGCAGUGCAGAAGUGGCCCUCAAGACUCUCCCAUUUCUAGCUCAGCUCUUGCUUGAUGACUGGCCAAGGAAUUGUUGUUAGAGGUGAUUAUCUUUUUUAUUCACAUUGUUGACAUCGAUUACAAUAAAGGAAAUGCAGUUGC